AUGAUUGUUGACUACCGCUUGUUUUCGAAGCGUGCCGACGGCUGUAUAGAUGAGCUGCUAUGUCAAAAGCUCUCGUGUGAGGGUGCGUGUCCUGAUGGGCAAACGUGUACGAUGACCACGUUAACCUGCGAUCUGUGCCCUCAAAUACAAUGUCUGACCGAUGAACUCACAAGCCUUGGAUCACAUAAAACCCCAGUAGGGGGGAUUGUUGGGGGUGUCGUCGGUGGUGUCGUAUUCUUAGCGGUUAUUGGGGUGGUCGGCUGGUUGAUUUAUCGCUACCGCAAGAAGCAUCCCGUACAAUUCGAUGAUGACGAAAAAGACGAUGAUUCAGAUUACUGCAUCAGCAAUAUCGAUUCCCAUAAUGGAGAUGGUAUUGCGCUGCUGAAUGAGAUCGUAGUCAAUCUGGAGAAACUGCUGUCUCGUAUGACACGAUCGAAGCGCAUAAGCUCUUAUGAGUCGUUCACUAAACCAACUUAUCCUGGCGCAAAGAGGUCGCAGGCGGCCCAAGCGAGACGUGAGCGUCAAAAGCAGAUUGUUCGGCAAGCGAAUGCUCAACUUAAUCCGGCCUAUAACGAUGUCGCUCCUUCGACAUAUCGUAAUUCGAUGGCCACUACGGAUUCUACUAGCAAUGCGCUGAAUAUAUUGCCGAUCGCCUAUAUCCCAGGGGUCACGGUACGUCCUACGAAGAACAACACACGUUCAAUUUACUCGUCGGAGCUGGAAUCUAUUUUCUCCGACCUUAACACAAUCGAAAAUGCUCUGAUUAUUGGCGACGUUGUACGUGCCAACAAUACAGCAAAUCCUGCCAUGUUAACACAAACUGGAGACGCCACGAUGACAGCUAUCAAGGCUCAGCCAAGGUUGGUAAAUGUUGAAAAAAUCGAGGAGGAAGAAGAACUGGAAGAGGAGGACUAUAUUCCCCAGGAUCUUGCCGAUGAAUCUGCCGUCGUUGCACAUUCAUCUACUGUAGAGGAAGAUCUGGAUCUGGACAUUGACCUGGACAUUGGGGAGAUCACAAGAGCGGCGUCAUUCCGUCGGCCAAAACCACCUAUGGCUAGGCCUGACAGUAUGACAAUCUCAUCAAGUCACACCGAUGAAACGCAUAUCUCGUUGGCUUCGCCUCUGAUCAUUGCCCCUGGACACGCCCCAUUGACCUUCGUUAGUCUGGUGCCACUCAGUACAAUCAGUCACCAUUCGAAUACCUCUGAGGUCGCGUUAUCCGAACGAGAACUUGUGCUUGAGUCGGGAGCUGUUCGAAAUCGCACAUCCCAACAACCAGAAAUCGCACUUGAUUUCAUCAAUUUCGACACACCUAGGGGUGAAAUCUCUUCUCUUGAGAAUGAUUACGUUUUGGACACACCCCUCUUCCGAAGAGAUGAGGACACGCGCUCUCCAUUUGAUGAUCCAGAGUAA